GAAGUAUAUUGUGGUGUGAUUAUUUAUUAUUUAUUUAUUUUUCUCUUUUCUUUUGUUUUCUGCUCCCUCUUCGUCCAUGAUGCCCCCUCCCCCCUGAUCAAACCUCUGAACUUCUUCCUCCUCGACGCUGUCACCUUCCAUGGUUGCGGGUCCCCUUCUCACCUUCUCCUGCAAGCUGCAACCUUGUUUUGCCAUGAUGGCUCUUUGUUGACCACGCUGCUCCACUACGUCUCCUCUUCUUCUCUCCCUUCGACAACAUAUUGUACAUUCGCGUAGUGCGGCUGAUCUCCUUGAUUAGAGUUAGCAGGAGAAGAGAAACAAAUGUCGUUCGAUUUGCUUCUAAAGCCAUCGUGCAGCGGAUGUGGAUCGACAACAGAUCUGUAUGGAAGCAAUUGCAAGCACAUGACUCUCUGCUUGUCCUGUGGCAAAACCAUGGCCGAGAACAAAGCCUCUUGCUACGACUGUGGCACUACUAUUACUCGCUUGAUUCGGGAGUAUAAUGUCCGAGCAAGUUCCAGCAAUGAUAAGAAUUACUUCAUUGGUAGAUUCAUGACUGGUUUACCAAAUUUCUCAAAGAAGAAAAAUGCUGAGAACAGAUGGUCACUUCAUAAAGAAGGACUACAAGGACGCCAAGUUACUGAUGCCUUGCGGGAAAAGUACAAGAAUAAGCCUUGGCUUUUGGAGGAUGAAACGGGCCAGUUUCAGUACCAUGGUCAACUUGAGGGAUCUCAAUCUGCUGCUUACUACCUACUAAUGAUGCAAGGAAAGGAGUUUGUUGCUAUUCCUGCUGGCUCUUGGUACAAUUUUAACAAAGUUGCACAAUAUAAGCAACUUACUUUGGAGGAAGCGGAAGAGAAGAUGAAGAACAGGAGGAAAACUGCAGAUGGGUAUCAAAGGUGGAUGAUGAAAGCGGCAAACACUGGACCUGCUGCAUUUGGUGAAGUGGAGAAGUUUGAUGACAAGGAAAGUAAUGCUGCUGGUGGGCGAGGACGAAAAAAGCCAAAUGGUGAUGAAGAAGGCAAUGUCUCAGAUAAGGGAGAAGAAGAUGAAGAAGAAGAAGCUGCGAGGAAGAAUAGACUUGGUCUCAACAAAAAAGGCGGUGAUGAAGAUGAGGAAGGUCCAAAGGCAGUGGAUUUUGAUUUCGAUGAUGAUGAUAUUGAGAAGGGUGAUGAUUGGGAGCAUGAAGAAAUUUUCACUGAUGAUGAUGAAGCUGUUGGUAUUGAUCCUGAGGAAAGGGAAGAUUUGGCUCCUGAGGUUCCUGCACCUCCAGAAAUCAAGCAGGAUGAAGAAGAUGGGGAUGAAGUUAAUGAAGAGGAGGGGGGACUGAGCAAAUCUGGGAAAGAAUUAAAGAAGCUUCUUGGGCGAACUUCUGGGCUAAAUGAUUCAGAUUUAGAGGAUGAUGAUGAUGAUGAUGAUGAUGAUGAUGAUAUGGAAGAUGAUAUUGGCCUUCCUCCUGCACUAGCUCCGAAGCAGAAGGAUGCUCCUAAAGAAGAGCCUGUUGACAAAAGUCCGUUAAAACCUGCUCCUUCUGCUUCUGCUCGAGGAACUCCACCCACCUCUAAAUCAACAAAGGGAAAGAGAAAAUUAAAUGGUGAUGAUUCAAAACUGGCUCAUGGUGCACCUACAAAGAAGGUGAAGACAGAAAAUGAAUCUAAAUCUUCUGCAAAGGAUGAAAGUGCGAGGACUAAAAGUACUGUGGCCCCAAAAGGUACGCAAUCAUCUUCUUCGAAAUCUGGGUCAACAUCCUCUGCUGGACCUGUCACAGAAGACGAAAUCAGGGCUGUUUUGUUGCGAAAGGCACCAGUCACCACUCAAGAGCUGGUUGCUAACUUCAAAGCAAGGCUGAAGUCACCAGAGGACAAGAAGGCAUUUGCUGAUAUCCUAAGGAGAAUCUCUAAGAUACAAAAGACCAAUGGACCUAACUAUGUUGUAUUGAGAGAGAAGUGAUGAAAGUUUUCACGACACUGUCGAUGCUGCAUUUUGAAGAAAACUGACUGGGAGGCAUGGUUCAUCCUUCCUAUAAAUAGAAUGGAAAAACCAAGACGGGCAUCGCCGAGCUUGUUUUCAUCGACCUCUUUAAACAUCUGACACACUAUCCAAAAAAAACAGUAUGUGCUUAAAUACUGUUUUGUGGAUCUUCAAUCCUACACUCCUGAUCUAACCUACAAGAUGUGUUAUGGGCCUUUCAGUGAAACGGGAGCUGUUCUAAUUUAUUUAUUUAUUACAAAAAGUUCAUUGUCUUUGAUAGUAUGAAUUUUAAAUUUCAAAUUAAAAAUUAUAUGAGCCUGAA